AAAACAGUGCUAUAAAAGGGCGGCCAAGAACAAGCUCUUCGUUCGUUCUCAUCUUCAUUUCUUACUCUCCUCUUGCGACAGGAUUCAGAUUUCAGAUAGAACUUAACUGUAAUGGCGUGUAACGACGUGGUUCCACAGGUUUCUUUACCGGAGAAGAAUGAGUUCUUUAAUCAUUCGACACCGGAUUGUCAAGAACUACAUGUUCUUGCCGUUGAUGAUAGUCUUGUAGAUCGAAAAGUUGUCGAGCGGUUGCUGAAGAUCUCUUCUUGUAAAGUUACAGCAGUAGAUAGUGGGAGAAGAGCUCUGCAAUUUCUUGGAUUGGAUGGGGAGAAGAGUUCUGUUGGAUUCAAUGGUUUGAAAGUCAAUAUGAUCAUAACCGAUUAUUGUAUGCCUGGAAUGACCGGAUACGAGUUGCUAAAGAAAAUCAAGGAAUCUUCGACUUUCAGAGAGAUUCCAGUGGUGAUUAUGUCGUCAGAAAACGUCUUGGCUCGAAUCGAUAGAUGUUUGGAAGAAGGAGCAGAGGAUUAUAUAGUUAAACCAGUACAGCUCUCCGACGUGGAACGUUUGAAAGAUUAUCUAACAAGAGUGAGUGGUGGUGGUGGGGAAGUCGAAGCAAGACGAUCGACCUAUCAGAAGAACAAGAGAAAGGUACCAGAUGCCACCUCACCAUCAUCGCCAUCAUCACCAUCAUCACCGUUGUCGUCGCCGUCUUCGUUGUCCACGAUGUCAUCACCGACACUGUCGGCGUCAUCGUCGCCGCCGGAGUCUCCAUCAAGGCGACAUAGAACUAAUCCUGAAUGUGAAUCGUGAACCUGCGAGGAGCUUCGAUAAACCUGUUAACCCAAAAUUUUUUCGUUACUUUGGAGAAGAAAUUGGGUUUUCUUCUUUUUGUUAAAGGGGUUUAGAAUCUAAACUUUAGAUUACACCUUUUUUUUUUUUUUUUUUGGGGGUGUACAUCGCACGGUAAAUGAUAUAGAUUUUGACUUGUCUUAAUGAGUAAGAUACAACAGUUAUAGAUUCAUGGCUUAUGGGAGAUGAAAUGUCAAGAACAAUACAACUAGACUGUGAGGUGGUUGUGGGGGGUGAAGGUUGAUUGUUCAAUGUUGUUGGUUCAUAUGGUUGGGAAUUUGGGAGUUGCUGCUGGGGAAGGUGAGAUUCCAAUUUCCAGCUUCGAAGGUGCUGGUGAGUUGAACCUAUUCCAUGGAUUGAUUGGGGUUUCCUGGGGUGGUUGAUGGUGAUCGAUCACAUUCAUAGCCAUAGCCAGAGCCAGAUCCAGAUCCAGAUCCAGAUCCAGAUCCAGAUCCAGAGGAUACAGUGAUGAUAACGUGUUAAAGUAAUUAAUUAAGAAUGCAUCUAUGCUUCCAUGAGCAA